AUUCGAAGCAUUGUAUCCUUAGUAGGUAUCACCAUUCUAGGUAAGGGGCCUUCGUGUGGAGAUCACGCUUAGGCCCGUCUCCGUGUUUUACAAUACCAGUUAAAGAGGUUCCGGGAAGGUAAGCCGAACGGGACCCGUUCCCGCUCAUCUUUUUUUCCGGAGCCAGCUGCGGUAGUCCAUGGAUGCGCAUGUGCCCAUGAAUACCGCAGUCAAUCAAACACAUUUGCACAUCGCCUUGACUACCUAACCGCAUUGUGCACCACCGACAAGAUGGCUGAACCUCCGAAACCGGACAGCAUACCGGAAGGGGCCAAAUUUGAAGCGCCGAAACCACCCCCGAAACAGAAUCCGGUCUUUCGCAUGAUGGGUCUACCGAACUGGCGCCUCAAACUACCUUCACGCAAUUGGAUGAUCUUCCUGACGAUCACCGGCUCCUGGACUGCAGCUGUUGUAUACGACAAGCAGCAAACGAAAAAAGUCCGCCAGAAAUGGUGCGACCUGGUCGCACACAUCGCACAGGAGCCGCUUCCUGUCAACCAGAUGCCCAGAAGAUUGACUAUCUUCCUAUCUGCGCCUCCGGGAGACAGUAUUAGUGCAUCAAGAAGGUAUUUCAAGGAGUACGUCAAACCAGUGUUAGUGGCUGCGGCGAUGGACUAUGAUGUGGUUGAAGGGCGGAAAGAAGGCGAUGUGCGGUAUGGGACAGCAGAGCAGAUACGAAGACUGCGACGGAAGAGAGGCGAGAAGGGCGCGGCACCAGCUGAAGAGGAAGAAGAGCCAGACACUGAAGCAGCCAUUGAUAUGAUCCGCGAGAAAAUGCAGAUCGUGCCCCAGCCGGGGGUGAGAGGUGAUCUCGUGCUCGGUCGACACACCUGGAAAGAAUAUAUAAGAGGGGUUCACGAGGGUUGGCUAGGGCCUGUCGAGGAACCUCUUCCUCCUCCACCACCACCUCCGGAGCUCGAAGCGGAACCUUCACCUAUCCAUCCUCCCACCGAAGCUCGAACCGACGAUCCAGCAGCGACAACAGAAAAUCUAGAACCUGAAAAGACGGCAGAAGAAGAGAAGAAGGCGGAAGAAGAGAAGAAAGAGGAAAAGAAGAAGCCAUCCCCGCCUCCAGCUUACUUGUCCAUCGACAAAUACUCUUCCGCAUCAUUAUCACCAAAUACCCCCAGCACCUUGGAACCAUCCCAGCCCAUCUACCAACAACAUUUAAUAGGCUUUCUUAAAACACCCCAAAGGAUCUACAACUUCCUCAAUCGCCGUCACCUGGCCGACCAGAUCGGUCGUGAUACCGCUGCCAUCAUCCUCGCCUCAUACAGACCAUGGCAGCAGAGCUCAGCCUUUGCGCCAUCCGGCGACGACCUGGACGCCGUCCCUGUAGCCACACAAGCACCAGAGUCCGAUGCUGAUGUUCUGACGUCAAAGUCUGGCAAGACGUGGGAGCAACAAACAGCACUUGCUCUCGAAGAGCCAUGGUGGCACAAAUCCGUAUACAAGCCUCUCAAAGAGGGCGACGAGACCGAACGAGUCUUGAUGAACGAUAUGGUGAUCGACACUAGGAUCGGUGAGCGGAUGAGGAAGUUCGAGCUCGAUCCCGAGGAAGAAGCACGAGCGAACAGAAUCGCCAGCGGAGUCGAGAAAACCCGUGCCAUUCCCGUUGAUGAUCUGCGGAAGGAGAAGAUCAUACUCGGCAACGUCGACGGGGUAUAAUGGCGAACCUUCAGCCCUGAACAGUUUCGAAGCCAUAUCGUCUGCAAGUGAAGCCUCUGCAGGAGGAUACCCUGCUAAGCCACACGGUCGACAACUUUUGUACCAA